CGACAAUAUGACUACUGAUCGAAUAAUAGAACCGAGGCCCAUCAAGAAGAUCCUCGUGGCCAAUAGAGGCGAAAUAGCAUCUCGCAUCCUCUCCUCAUGUCGAGAACUCAACCUCGAAACCUACGCAGUGUACACUGCAAAUGAUGCUCUCCACACCUACAACGCCUCACAUGCCAUCCAACUACCCUCUCCGGCCUCAUACAUGUCCAUCUCCGAGCUCAAGUCCAUCGUCCAAAAGCACAACAUCGACGCCAUCCAUCCCGGCUAUGGCUUCUUAUCCGAAUCUGCCGACCUCGCAGCCCAGAUGGCCGCAAUCGACGUCAUCGUCAUUGGCCCGGGAAGCGCAACUCUGGAACGAACGGGAGAUAAACUGCAAGCGAGACAGCUCGCGGAAGAAUGUCACGUACCGGUCCUCCCGGCGUUGACGCAACCGACUGCUUCGGUCGAAAGUGUGAGAAAUUUUGCGGAGAGGAAUGGGUUUCCGGUGAUGAUUAAAGCGGUCGAUGGGGGUGGCGGCAGAGGAAUUCGACUGGUGCGGGAAAUGUCGGAAUUGGAGAGGUUGGUCCACAGGGCGAUUGAGGAAAGUCCUUCGAAACAGGUUUUUGCGGAACGGGCGGCUGUGGAGGGGUUUCGACAUGUGGAAGUGCAGAUUGUUGGGGAUGGGAGAGGCGGAGUGAGGCAUCUGUGGGAACGGGAGUGUUCCAUUCAGAGGCGGUAUCAGAAGAUUGUGGAGUUGGCGCCGUCGAUGUGUUUGGAUCGGGAGGUUGUGAGACCGGUGAUUGAGGCGGCGGUGAGGAUUGCAACGAAAGUGAAGUAUGCGAGUCUGGGGACGUUUGAGUUUCUGUUGAAUCCGAGGACGAAGGAGUUUUUCUUUCUGGAAAUCAACCCGAGGUUGCAGGUGGAACAUACGAUUACAGAAUCAAUCUGCUCCAUCGAUAUUGUAAAAGCACAGCUGCGGUUAGCGCAAGGUGCUUCCUUUGACGAAGCUGGAUUGGGUGAUUUGGCCGAAGAUCCGAUGCUGCCUCCUAAACAACACUCCAUACAGCUGCGAGUCACGGCGGAGGAUGCAGAAAAGAACUACUCGUUGAGUAUUGGCAAGAUUCAAGCUUUUCAUCUCCCUUCUGGAGUCGGGACUCGUGUCGAUACCGCUCUCAUACCGGGUGCUUCGGCAGUGGUGACCUCCGACUUCGACAGCGUGAUUGCAAAGAUCAUCAUCACCGCUCGCACAUGGCCAGAUACAGUCAGCAAAGCAAGACGCGCAUUGGAAGAUACAUUCAUCACAGGAGUACAAACGAAUCUCGCUCUCUUGCGAGCCAUUGUAUCCCAUCCAGACUUUGAAGCGGGCGAAUGCGAUACCACCUGGCUCGAAUCCAAGCACGACGAACUCCUCGCCCUCAGCCGGGAAAUGCAAAGAAGCUCCAAAGACCCUUUCCACGGUCUCGUCCAACUACAGCAAUCCAUCAGUAGCUCUGCCACCGCAGCCAGUAGUGGAGGAGGCGGAGGGAGCACCACCUUCCGCAAAGACGACGCAUGGACCAUCGACAUCAGCUCCCCCGAUUCCCCCAAAAAGACGCAGCAGCAGCAAAAACAACAACAACAAGAAUCCCAAACCCACCACCUCCAACUCACCAAAGUCCUGAAAAAUGACUUCCCCUCCUCCUUCUCCGCCAACAUCCUCUACACCAUCUCCUCAUCCACCACCACAUCCUCCACCCCCUUGCCCCUGAAAAUCUCCCUCACCUCGACUUCCGCAUCCAGCUCCGCCAUGAGUUCUCAUCACCGCUAUGGCACCCCCUCUAAUCCGACACACAUCAUCAUGCCGCUGUCGGGGAAAUUGGUGGAGGUGUUGGUGGAUGGUGGCGAUGUGGUGCGGAAAGAUGAAGCCAUUUGUGUGAUUAAACAGAUGAAGAUGGAAAUUGAAGUCAGGAGUCAUCGAGCGGGAGUGGUGACGUGGGUGACGGAGGCGGAGGAUGGGGAGGAUGUUGCCGAGGGGAUGUUGGCUGCUGUUGUGGAGGAUGAGAAGGUGAAAGUGGGAGGGUCGAAGUUGUAGAAAUAUUGAGAUUGGGAGGAGAGAGAUGGAUAAAAUGUCAUUAUGGUUUUU